UACGUAGAAAGAGAAAGAGAAAAUAAAUAAAAACAUUUAUUAGUAGAAUGGCUAGGUGUGUGUCGGAGAUGGAGGAAGGAACGGCGACGGAGUCGCUGUUGCCGGAGAAUAGGCGCUCGUCGAAUUGGAAACGGGAGUUCUUCUUGGAAGAGAUGAAGAAGGUGAGUCGCAUAGCGAUACCCAUGGUGCUGGUCACCGUUUCGCAGCACUUUGUGAGGGUGUUGCCGAUGAUGAUGCUGGGCCACGUCAGUGAGCUCUCUCUCUCCGCCGCCGCCGUCGCCACUUCUCUCACAAACGUCACCGGCUUUAUCGUCAUAUUUGGAAUGGCGAGUGCGUUGGAGACACUGUGCGGGCAAGCAUUCGGAGCGAAGCAAUUCCACAAGCUGGGAACAUAUACCUAUGCGGCAAUCAUAGCUCUUCUUGUGGUGUGCAUACCAAUAUCGAUUCUCUGGGUUUACUUAGACAAACUUCUGAUACUCAUCGGCCAAGAUCCGGAGAUCUCUGUGGAAGCCGGAAAAUAUGCCAUUUGGCUGAUCACGUCCAUAUUUCCGUACGCGAUUCUCCAGUGUCUUACUCGUCACUUGCAGAUGCAGAGCUUGGUCUUUCCCAUGCUGGUAAGCGCAGCCGCCACCACAUGUUUCCAUAUCGUGGUUUGCUGGGCUUUAGUGUUCUGGUUCAACUUAGGUAUCGUCGGCGGCGCAUUGUCGGUCGGGUUGUCGUACUGGUUCAACGCCGCUCUGCUAGCUUUGUACAUGAUGUUUUCUGCAUCCUGCGAAAACACUCGUAGUUGCUUGUGGGAGGACCUUUGUUCUCGCAUGGGGGAGUUUUUCCGAUUUGCCGUGCCGUCUUCCAGCAUGUCUUGCCUAGAGAUGUGGACAUUUGAAGUAAUUGUACUGCUUGGAGGUCUACUGCCAAAUCCUCAACUCCAGACCUCUGUGCUUUCCAUAUGCCUGAUGGUUAUUUCACUGCACUUCUACAUACCAUUUUCUGUAGGUGCUGGCGCAAGCACCCGGAUAUCAAACGAGCUAGGAGCGGGCAACCCAGAAACGGCUAAAAUGGCAACCUGGGCAGUAAUGGUUCUAGGAUUUGCGGAGAUGUUUGUGGCGAGCAUAGCUGUCUUGGCUUGCGGCAAUAUUCUGGGCUAUGCAUUCAGCGCCGAGGAAGAGGUGGUGGAAUAUAUAAGAAAGAUGAGCCCUCUUAUCAGUGUCAUGUUCUUGACAGAUGGAACCCAAGGAGUUAUUUCUGGGGUGGCAAGAGGAAGCGGGUGGCAGGACCUGGGAGCUUAUGUAAAUCUGGCGGCAUAUUAUCUGGUGGGAGUGCCGGUGUCUGUGGUGUUGGGUUUUUGGGUUGGUUUAGGAGGAAUGGGGCUUUGGUUGGGACUCAACGUCGCAUCUAUACUCCAAACGAUUGUGUUCUUGCUCAUAACCAUUUUCACCGAUUGGGAAAAGCAGGCUGCAAUUGCCAAGGAAAGGCUAAUGUGUCAGGGCUCCAGUGAAAGACUCAUCGUUGAUUAAGCAAAAUCAAACGUAUGGCAUCUUCAGAUGAAGAUAUACCUCUAUAUUCAAGAAAGAGAAAAGCAUUUCAUGUAUUUCAAAUUAGUAAUUCUAGAUGUACUCUUAUUUUUUUAUUCACUAUGAUAUACUGCAACUAAUUUUUUUUUAAUUAUAAUUAAAGUCACUAUAUAUAGU